GCCUUGAACAAUGCCUCGAGCUGUCCACUUACUUACUAUCAUAUAACCGAUGUUAUAGAAAAGUAACUCAUAAUAAUAUUCAAGGUCACCUGCGUUUCCUAUUGGUAGCCUUCCUGUUAACAUCUGCAACAGUCAGCUAUGCCUAUUCCUAUUCCAGCUGAACAAAUGUGCAUUUCAUGUGCAUUUCGGUAUACCCACGGACGUACAGAAAAACCCAACGAUUCCAGCUGUUUCUACUCUGAAUUAAAUUUUAUCUUAUAUGCAGUAUAUUAAACGCUCCAUAUGUUUGUCCGAGCUAACUAGGCUGGCGCUGACACGCGUCACUAAUGUUCACGAUUUGCGGUCGUAGAAUCAACCUCGUCCAACAUAUCACAACCCUACCUAUAAAAAUUAUCAACUACCUACCUAGCCUAGCCUUUCAUCUUCUUACUAUCACUUCUUCGGGGCUUACACCAUCCUACCAGAUACCUACAUUUGGCAAUGUAUCCAUGCCAGCCCUACUAUCCGGGCAAUUAUGGCUAUUACGUUCCUCCCGCGCAGCCACCUCUAGCAUACGUACUAGCCAGUCAUUUUGGUCCGUAUGGGCUGGGUCCGGUUUCCGCGGCAGGUAUGCAGUUCUUGAGCUAUACUGCCCCUAAUCUCAGACCCCUUCCACAACCGUUCAUACCACAAGGUGUACCGUACGGUUAUCAACUCCCACCCCCACCACAGCCGCCGCCGCCGCCGCCACCGCCACCGAGGGGUUCGCCGAGAGGUCGGUCGGCAGGACCUGUAGUGGGGGUGCGGUAUCACAUUGACUAUAAACAUCAUUGUCACCAUGAACCAUAUUACCACGAGUGCUGCGGCGGCUAUUGCAGACCCGGUCAUCAAGUUAGACGCAGACAUCAUUAACCGAGAUCUGCAUAAUUUAGAAGGAGGAUCCAUUCUUCGAAUAGUUGUUAUAUGGAGGUACCUGUCAUUCAAAAAUAUGACACAUGGUCCCAGCUUCUGGUAUAGUAGGAUAUGGUUGGCGUGUGUGCUAGAUUCGGCCAGGUUAAGGAACUGGGUGUAAUGAAUUAUGAAUUAUGGUUAACAAGGGGUGUCUAAUGAUCCAUUGUGUCUUCUACUUUUGAUAAGGAGAUCGGAAACUUGAUUAUGUUUACUUGAGUAGAAAACUUAGAGAGAUAUCUACCUAUAUUUAGUUAUAUGAAAAUGCUUUUAGAAGAGACUUGAAAGAGGAUACCUGUAAUUACCAUUAGAAAAUGCUGUUAUUUUAGGUCUAGUGUGGAAAUAACCGAGACGGGGUG